UCAUUAAAAUUGCAAAAUGGCGGUCGUAGUGAUGUCCGCGGAGUUCUUAAUAUAUGAAAAAAUUCGAUAAAAAGGGGUGUGUAAAAUGUGUGUGAUCCUGAGAUCGGAGGCCCUCGACUCAGGAAUGCAUCCGAGACUUGGGCACAUGAUUCCCGGGAUCAUGAACUACGACAAUGUUAUCAAUGACUAAAGUAUCGCAUUUUUCAUCAAAGUAUACAUAAUAUAAAUGUCUACGCUGUAACAAGAAAAAAAACCCAAACGUAAUUGAACGUAAAAUUUCUUUUCUUUUUUUGUGCACAUCAUUAAAAUCGUGAAAAUAAAAAACAACCACGAGGACUCAAACGAGAGCUUUGGGGGAGAGAUAACCAAAGAGAGAACACUCCUCGUCGUCGUGCAUGUGUGUCUGUGUGCGUGUCGUCAUAAUAGUUUGUGUUGUUCAAGUAUUCACCACAGUGCACAAGAUCAUUAUUAUCAUCAUCAUUAUCAUAGUGUUUGUGUUUUUAUUUGUGUCUAUGAUUUUUCUUUUUUCUUUAUUUUCUUUUCUUUUCUAUUUGGUGAAAUGUUCUCGUCGCCGGCGUCCGUGGUCGGCGAGCCGUCUGGCUAUGAUUUUGAGAAAGAAGAGAACGCUGCCAAGUGGAAGGGAGUGUUUGUCAACUCCCUGCGCAAGGUAUUGGAGCAAGUUCAUCCUAGUCUAGAAGCUCGACAGGACGCCUUAGAUUAUGUUGAGAGUUUGAUUUUGAGAAUGUUGGGCAUGCUCUGUGGACAUCCACCUCCUCAUACACCUCAAGACGUUGAGGAAAGAGUAAGACGUACAUUUCCUACUCCAAUUGAUAGAUGGGCAUUAAGAGAUGCAAGAGAUGCUCUAGAGAAAGGAAAGAAAAAAUCGCCACUUGUUCUUCCUGUUGAUAAAAUUCAUCAACUUUUGCAAAAAGAAGUAUUACAGCACAAAAUUGAUUCUCAAGUCAGUCUUUUUGUCGUCGGGGUACUCGAAUAUAUUUCUGCUGAUAUUUUAAAGUUGGCUGGUAAUUAUGUCAAGAAUAUUCGCCACGUUAAGAUUUCCUGUGAGGACAUAAGAGUUGCGAUGUAUGCAGACAUGGUACUAAUGGACAUGUUUUACCAAGAUGAUUACACGGAAGGUCCCCAAAGCAGUUUAGGGGCUGGGGCUGUCGUGUCUCAGACGUACGAAGAGUCCGUUAGAGAUUUAAUUCACGACGAACGGCAUUAUUUGCGCGAUCUCCAUAUGAUUAUCAAGGUGUUUCGAGAAGAAUUAGUGAGAUUCACACGAGACAGAAGUGAAAUCGAAAUACUAUUUAGCAAUAUUAUGGAUAUUUAUGAAAUGACUGUGACUUUACUUGGAAGUUUGGAAGAUAUUAUGGAGAUCACGGAAGAGAAGCAAACGCCAACUGUGGGUUCAUGCUUUGAGGAAUUAGCAGAGGCGGCAGAAUUUGAAGUUUACAAGACAUACGCUAGAGAAAUGAAUAGUUCGGCUAGUCGAGAAAUUUUAACGAGACUAUUGUCGAGGCCAGAGGCAAAGGAUGGUCUACGAACCGCUGGACACGGUUUCAAAGAAGCUGUCAAAUACUAUUUGCCAAAACUUUUAAUGCAACCAGUUUGGCACUGCUUUUUGUAUUUCGAUUACAUAAAGGUAUUACUUGAACGUACACCAAAUUCCGAAGACGGAGAAACCCUCGAGCAAGUUCAAGGCGUUCUCAGUCCACUGAAAACGGAAUUAACAAAAACUGUUGCGAGUCUUCCAAUUAAAGAUAGCGGUUUACGAAUGCAAAGUCGAGCUCGUAGGCAAGCAGCCCUUGAAAAAACGAGCGAACUUCAAAAAACUGUUGACGGCUGGGACCAAAGAGACGUUGGCCAAUGUUGCAAUGAAUUUAUCCGAGAGGACAUGUUGGGAAAAGUGGGAAACAAUGGCCGAAGAUUAACGGAGAGACGAGCUCUUUUAUUCGAUGGUUUACUCGUCCUCUGCAAACCAAGUGGAAGCAAAAGAGUGAGUGUCAGUGUUUCGGGAGUCAAUGUAGGAAGUAGUCAUCCUGCUCAUCAGGGAGAAUUGCGUUUAAAGGAACGCUUCUUCAUUCGAAAAGUGGACAUUAUCGAUCGUGAGGAUACUGAAGAGUUGAAAAAUGCCUUUGAAAUAAAACCAAGGGACCAUCCGAAUGUAAUUCUCGUGGCCAAAUCGGUCGAAGACAAAAACAGUUGGAUGGCUGAUCUUGUGAUGCUCAAUACAAAAAGUAUGUUGGAGCGAACAUUGGACAGCAUUCUCUUGGACGAGGAGAGGAAGCAUCCAUUGAAAUUGCCCUCACCUCAUUUAUAUGAAUUUGCCGAACAGGAUAGUUCGGAGAAUAUUGUUUUAGAAGCAAGGGAAAAUGGCGGUGUGCCACUCAUUAAGGGCGCGACCCUUGUUAAAUUAGUUGAGAGGCUCACCUAUCAUAUUUAUGCCGAUCCAGCAUUUGUCAGAACAUUCCUCACAACUUACAGGAGUUUUUGCUCUCCUCAAGAAUUGUUAACGUUGUUAAUAAAACGAUUUGAUAUACCCGAUCCAUCAUUAGUGUACGAGGAGGAAGACAAGCCGACAGGCUGUAAAACAAUAGCGAGAGAAGACUGGAAGAGGUACAGAAAAGAAUUCUGUCAACCUGUUCAAUUUCGUGUUUUAAAUGUUUUACGACACUGGGUGGAUCAUCAUUUUUACGAUUUUCAACGUGAUCCAACGUUGCUAGAAAAAUUAAAGAUAUUUUUGGAAACUGUUAGUGGAAAAUCAAUGAGAAAAUGGGUAGAUUCAGUGAUGAAAAUUGUAUUGAGAAAAUGUGAACCUUCGGAGCAGAGGCCAAUUACGUUUAGUUUUGAACGUUCACCACCUCCAAUUGAGUGGCAUUUAAAAGUUCCUGAAGAAGAAUGGGGCAUUCUCACGUUGCAUCCUAUCGAAUUAGCGAGGCAAUUGACAUUAUUAGAAUUUGAAUUGUAUAGAACUGUGAAGCCUUCUGAAUUAGUUGGUUCAGUGUGGACUAAACGAGACAAAGAAAAGACGUCGCCAAAUCUUUUGAAAAUGAUUAAACACACGACUAACUUUACGAGAUGGCUAGAGAAGACAAUAGUGGAGGCGGUAAAUUUGGAAGAAAGAGUCGCUAUCGUUUCGCGAGCAAUUGAAAUAAUGAUGGUGCUACAGGAUCUCAAUAAUUUCAAUGGUGUACUCGCCAUUGUCAGUGCCAUGGGAUCUGCAUCCGUUUAUAGAUUAAACUUUACAUUUCAACAAGUUCCAAAGCAAUUAAAAACCGCUCUCGACGAGGCUCGUGAAUUAAAUAACGAUCAUUUUCGAAAGUAUCAGGAAAAAUUGCGCUCUAUUAAUCCACCUUGUGUACCAUUCUUCGGCAUGUACCUGACCAAUAUAUUGCACAUCGAGGAAGGAAAUCCGGAUUACUUGCCAGGAAGUCCGGAAUUGAUAAAUUUUAGUAAACGACGAAAAGUCGCGGAAAUCACUGGCGAAAUUCAACAGUACCAAAAUCAGCCUUAUUGUCUUUCGGUGGAGCCAAGAAUAAGGCAUUUCAUUGAAAAUCUCUCUCCGUUUGAUCCGAAUAUGAAGGACGCGGAUAUUAGUAAUUAUUUGUAUGAAAAAAGUUUGGAAAUUGAACCGAGGGGUUGCAAGCAACUGCCAAAAGUUGAUCGCAAAUGGCCAAAUUUAAAUUUAAAAUCACCUGGUAUCAAGGCGAGAAGUUUAAGCGGUAAAUUGCCAGCGCCAUUACAAGCCAUGGCUUCCAGUGUAAGAUUACACGAUCCACCCGCGGAAACUGCACCGCCUCCAGAACUUCCGGAAACGCCUCCUCAUAAUUCACAGGUGCCUCACACUGGAGAUCACUGCGUUUUUGCACCUGUUAUGUUAGGAGGACAACCGCCGGGUUCACCGGGACCUUUGAGUAUGUCGGGUCUGUCGAUUAGUUCACCAGGAAGUAGUCCCCAGUUGGGAUCUCCUGGACACAUGGCACCGCAUCAUCAUCCAUCGCAGAGUACUCUCUUUGGUUUCUCGCAGAGUUCAAUUGGCACAAUGAGUUCACUGUCGGGAUUAACGGCAUCGGGCGGCAGUCCUGGUGCACCAAUGCCACCGCCGCCUUCGCCGAGUCACGUGAAUCUCAGCCAACCUCCUCCGCCGCUGCCGCCACGAUCUAAUCGCCGAAGAGAAAGUUCCAUUAGCGAAUCACCCCAUCAGGCGAGACAAGCGCCAAAUGCUCCAUUAUUGCCACCUCGGGAUGGCACAUCUCCACCGCCCUUACCUCCUCGUAGAGAUUUACCACCAGCCACUCUGCCACCUCGACUUCCGGCUACAUUAAAUCCAAGUAGCUCGGCAUUAUUAAUGAGGCGAAAUUCAAAUUUGGAAAGCUCCACGUCCGCCGCCACUCACGCGAGGAGAUACAUGUCUGUCAAUGGACCCAGUCCCACGAAACUUCCUCUUAAUCAACCCAAUGGAUCAGUAACUCCGAGGUUACCACCAAAACCUCUUCCUGGACGACCCCCUACAACUAUGUUUAAUUUCAGCUCUCCCCCCGGACCUAGUUAGAAAACCCCCUUUUUUUUAUUUUGUUUUCUUAUCCUUAGAAUUAAAAAAUAUUUUCACGGGAUUGAUUUGUAAGAUUAUAUUUAAAAAAAAAAAAUAUGAAGAAAAUAUUU